AUGGCGGCGGGCGAUGGCGCGGCGGCGGCCGAGGGCACCGCGGGGCCGGGGCGGGGGCCGGGGCCGGUGUCGUUCGCUUUCAGCCGCAGGGCGGAGCGACGGCGGCCGCUGCCCGCGGGACCCUGCGCGGAGCCCGGCGCCGGCGGCGACACCGACAGCGACACUGACUUCCUGACGGCGGUGGAGGACCGGGAGCUGCUCAGCACGCGGCCGGCCCCGCCCCCCAAGAAAGAGCUGGUGAUCCCCCUGAUCCCCCCCCACCGCUGGAGGAACCCGGAGCCCCCCCGUGCCGACACAGGCCCCGCCCCGGCCGCUGACUCCGCCCCCAACACAGCCCCCGCCGGAGACCCCCCGGGCCCCCCCUCGGUGGAGGCUCAGGCGGUGCAGGAGCUGCUGCAGGAGGCUCGGCAGAGUCAGGAGCAGCCCAACGGGGACUCGGGACCCCCCAUCUCCAUCCCCCUCCAGCUGCCCGACAAGGACAUUGCCACGGGGCCACAGCCGACUGCCCAGGACUACGAGGCCGUGCCCGUGGGCCAGUUCGGACUGGCCAUGCUGCGGGGGAUGGGCUGGAGCCAGGGCCAGGGCAUCGGGCGCACCUUCCCCAGGGUCGUGACCCCACUGGAGCACCGGCCACGCCCGCGGGGGCUGGGGCUGGGGGCUGAGGCCGCCCCCCCGGGCGCCCCCAAAGCCGGGGAGCCCUCCCAGGGGGGCCCGGCCGUGGGGGACCCUGUGCGCGUUGAGGCCGGGCCCCACCGCGGCGUGGAGGGCAAGGUGGAGGCACUGGACCCCGAGACCGGGCGAGCCCUGGUGCGGCUGCAGCUCGGGGGGCAAGUGGUGGCCGUGAACCAGCACGGGCUGAGCCCAGUCAGCACUGGUGCCUCUGGCCGUCCCCCCCAGAAGGGGUCGGAGGAACAGGGUGGGGAGCCCCCGCGGGGAGGGGGCUCCAAGCGGAAGGAGCCCCCCGAGAACGAGAGGGCGGGGAAGCAGCCGCGAGGGGCCCCCCCCGUGCCCCCCCACUGGCUGCACCGGGACCUGCGGGUGCGCUGCGUGGACCGGGCCUUCCGCGGGGGCCGCUUCUACAACUGCAAGAUGCAGAUCGAGGACCUGCUGGCUCCCGACACCUGCGUGUGCCGCACGGAUGACGGGCGCCUGGUAGAGGGCCUGCGCGAGGCCUCUCUGGAGACCGUGGUGCCCCGGGGCAGCUCUGACCGCGUCAUGGUGGUGCUGGGGGAGCACAAAGGGAAGGUGGGCCGGAUCCUGGAGCGGGAGCCGGAGCGCGGGCGGGCGCUGGUGCAGCUGGGCCGGGAUGCGGCCCCGCAGGUGCUGCCGCUGCCCUACGACUCCAUCUGCCAUUACCUGGGGGGCAGCGACGACGACUGAGACCCCCCAAAACCUCCCACCAGCUUCCGGCCGCGGCUUCAGGGGAAUAAAACGUGUCCGAAGGA